GGCAAACCACAUAGUUAUUUUUAGUAACUUUUAAGUACUAAUUAUAAAGUAGAAGGAAAAAUAGCCAUUAAACCUUGUGUGUAAUUACUAUCGACUGACGCUUAUUAUAACGCUGAUUAUAGGUUUUCCGGUUUGAUUAAAACACGAUAAAAAUCGACCACCAGCAACAGCAACAUACAAACAAAAUAUUAAAUAACCUACAUCCCUAACUUUUGUCAUUCGCUCAGUUAACUUUAAACUAAAAACAACUGACAGACAACAAGAACUAAAAACUCGACACAAACUAAUCGUCGGAAAAUUCUAAAGGAGUUUACCGACUGUAUUUACCGUGGCCUUUGAGGACGUUCCGCUUGGUUCCGGCGGCGCUGCCGUCCCGAGUAUCACUCGGACUACAUCGAGACAGUGUAUAGCCUGCGAUCACCGCGCCAAGCUGUUACCCGACAUCCCAGAACCGGUAUCGGCUCCACCGGUGCUGGUACCGACACCCGUGCCUGAAGAGCCGGCAUUCAUACGAGAAGAGCCGGUAUUGGUACGUGAACAGCCGGUUUUCGCACGAGAAGAGCCGGCAUUCGAACGUGCUCGCCGGUCCGUGAUGACGGCGAAACCGGAGAACGUGCAAGAAGCCCUAGAGGACAGGGACCCUAACAAUCUGAACCAACAUGUGCAGAUAGUAUGGGACGACAUAAUCGGCGAGCCGGAAGGCGCGCGCAGCCCCGAGUGCGCGUGGCGCCUCAGUCACGCGUGUUUCCGACACUCGCGCAACCUCUGCUACACUGUGCUGGCCGUGCUCAUCGCGCCGCCCUGCGCGUUGUUCCUGGGCUGCGGGUUCGCCUGCCUGGCGUUUGAGAUAGGAAGGCGACUCAGUAACACGUGCUUCCGACACUCGCGCAACUUGUGCUACACCGUGCUGGCCGUGCUCAUCGCGCCGCCCUGCGCGCUGUUCCUGGGCUGCGGGUUCGCCUGCCUGGCGUUUGAGAUAGGAAGGCGACUCAGUAACACGUGCUUCCGACACUCGCGCAACUUGUGCUACACCGUGCUGGCCGUGCUCAUCGCGCCGCCCUGCGCGCUGUUCCUGGCUAUAGGAAGGCGACUCAGUAACACGUGCUUCCGACACUCGCGCAACUUGUGCUACACCGUGCUGGCCGUGCUCAUCGCGCCGCCCUGCGCGCUGUUCCUGGGCUGCGGGUUCGCCUGCCUGGCGUUUGAGCAAAUCUGGUGUACAGCGCCUUGCAUCCGCUGCGUGAAGAUCUACUUCGCGUCUCUCCGCACCAUAGUGCAAGCCUGCAUGGCGGCCACCGUGGCGCCCGCAGCCGAGGCCGUGGGUCAUGUGUGCCGACAUAUCAGGGUUAACCUGAGGAAGGAUGCCCCGGAGGAGAGGGAUAUACUCAUCAUUUAGAAAUACUUGGGGAUAAUUUCACCAACAGUUGGUCAAGUAACGUUACCGUCUUUAAGUUCGUAGCGAAAGAGUAAAUCUUCUAAUGCAAUAUAACUGAAUGAAAAAACCAAAAUAUAUAAAUUCAAAAGUUAGUUUCGUAAGUUAGAAUUUAUGUUAAACAGUUGUUUUCCUCAACCGAACUGUUAACUUAGGUAUAACAUGUUGGUGAAAUUGGGAAUAUUAGGUUUCUCGACCAAUUUUUAGUCGUAAUUUGUAACGUAAGGCGUGAUUUUUAGUGCCAUAGUUUUAAAUGCGAAGUG